AUGGCUUACAGAGCACCGCCGAAGGUGAUAUCCAAGGCCAUGAAACUCGCCGAAACGCCUAGAUAUUUGAAGCAAAAGGCUAAGGGCAGUAAACUAGUCAACGACAAAGUACUCAAAAAUAACAUGUUGCAGCAAAAGAAGGAACCACAACAGCUAUACAUGCCCAGUAUAUUCAUGAAGUUAGUUCGCCCGGGACCAACCGCUAACGGAGUGCCCAGACCGAAGAAUGUUGCACUGGUAGGUCAAAAUUCAUGA